UCCCCGCGCAACAGUUCUCUCGCCGCUCAGGUCGUACUGACAAAUUGCAAUCUCCACCUUGCAAUCUUGGAUACUGGUACAACAACGUUAAAGAAGGGAAGAAGAGAAUUCUCGGUUAUUUUAAUUUUUCCACUCAGUCCAACGGCCGGCUGCUUUGGAUUCGAUCGUGACGUACUUACUGAGACCAGAGCGAGGAUAGAGGAGAAUUAAAGGUUUCCCGCGGUCACCUUCGUUUUGAGGGGCUCCUCUUUACGAAAUUAGCAAUGAACUGAUUUCAAAGUGAAGACAAUCUGAGUGCAUUUGGAGCUGAAACAAUUUGAAGUGAGCAUUCGUUUCGGCGACGCAUCAAGGCCUUAACUCGGUUAGAAGAUGUACCAAAGUCUGGCGCUAGCUGCGAAUCAUGGACAGCCGACCUACCCUCACGAGGCUUCCGGCAAUUUUAUGCAUUCUUCGGCGGGUUCACCCGUGUAUGUGCCGACAACUCGGGUCCCGUCCAUGUUACCCAGCAUACCGUACCUCCAGAACUGUGAAUCGGCCCACCAGAGUCAUCACCUGAGCAACCACACGGGUUGGCCUCAGCCGGCGACCGAAAGCUCUGGAUUCAACCCCAGCAGCCCACACCCUUCGACGACCUUCUCCUAUUCUCACAGUCCCCCCAUGAGCCACGGCGCAGGGAGAGACGCGGCGUACACUAAUCCCCUGGUCAUCAGCGCCAGCGGCAGGGAGCAGUACGGAAAUGCCCUGGUCAGGUCGGUGAACGGAACGUAUUCCAGCCCGUACCCUACCUACGUGGGGCCAGAGAUGACUUCUGCCUGGCCACCUGGACCCUUCGAGAGUUCCAUGAUCCAUAGCCUUCAGGCAAGACAAGUUUCCAUGUCUGGAAGGAGAUCCAGUCUGGAAAUGUUGGAAGAGUUCCCUGAGGGCCGGGAGUGUGUGAAUUGUGGGUCCAUGUCCACUCCACUCUGGAGACGGGAUGGGACGGGCCAUUAUCUCUGCAAUGCCUGUGGCUUGUAUCACAAGAUGAACGGGAUGAACCGACCACUCAUUAAACCACAGAGGAGAUUGUCUUCUUCCAGACGUGCCGGCUUGUGUUGUACCAACUGCCACACCUCUACCACAACCCUGUGGAGAAGAAACGCUGAAGGAGAACCAGUGUGUAAUGCUUGUGGACUCUACAUGAAACUUCAUGGGGUACCACGCCCACUGGCGAUGAAGAAGGAAAGCAUCCAGACGAGGAAAAGGAAACCCAAGAAUGUUAACAAAUCCAAAGGUUCUUCAGGUACAACUUCAGGAACUAAUUCUCCAUCUUCUAUAUCGAACUCUGAAACUGCAUCAACUAUCAAAACUGAAUCUGAUUUGGCCUCAUCUCCAUAUGCCGGACAAACAGUGGUGUCUGUUUCUCAGGCACCACCCACAGCAAUGAUAAGUCGUGAAGAUUUGAAUCCUGGUCUUUCACACUUGAAAUAUGUAACCGAAGAUUAUUCUUAUACCUCAGCCACUGUGAUCCCACAGACUGGAGUUAAUUUUCCACUCAGACAAGACUCUUCGUGUGCUUUGGUGCUGGCGUAAAUUACAGUCGUUUUUGCAGCGUUUCUGCAUCUAUCAUUGAGUGGAUAAUCCAAAUACCCAAAGGAACUGAAAGAGAUAACAUGAACCCAGGUAUUUGUAUUGUGUUUUUCUGAUUGGUGAAAUGCUAUCUGAAUAUCCCAGCACACACUUCUAUUUCCAUCUCUGGGAACAAGCCUUAUUUGUAAAUCAAUUAAUUCCAAUAUCUCCGGCAUCAAGCGAUCAAGUGAAAAGUAUGCUGUUCAUCUCAAAACUACAAAUGAAAUCGAAACCAUUUUAAAGUUGUCUUUUUGUAAACUACUUGUGAGUGCAAUUAAUUUCAUUAGAUCAGUAAUAACAACUGAUCCUGUUAGGCUAAAUAACUUAAUAAUUUAAAGGGAAAGUGCGAACAGAAAUUAUUGUAUGUUAUGUUGAAAUACUGGUUCUUUCAAUGGACAUAUUUCACAUUUGUUUUGAAUAUUUUAAUGUUAUACUAAGGUGCCAUCAGUUCCUUUUUAGAAGUUUUACAGUACUUUGCCUUUCAGAUUAAAAAGAUGAAUUCAUUUGUCUAUAAUCUAUAAAUAUAUAUACAAAAUCAAGGCUUCCAAUCUCUACAUGGGAAUAUUCACAGAUUGUUAAUGGGAAAAUAGGAUUUGGCAGCAUUUGGCAUGUAAAAUAUGUUGUAGAAAGGUUAUUAUAACAAUGCUAAUGUUUUGCAUAUUCAAAAAAUACUAAAGCUCUAUUUACCUCUGAGACACUGUUGUAAAUACAAUAUAUUUAACAACACAGUUUUCAUCAAUUGUUAUGUGAGAGCUAAACUGGGAAGCAAACUAGGAAAGCGAUGUUUACUGUGGAUUUGCUAACUUGCAAGCUGAACUCUGAGGUACAGUGGAGAAAUCACUCUAAGCCGUAGAAAAUCCAUUGACAAAUACACAAGAUACCUCAAAAGAAAUUGAGUCAUUCUCCAUAUUGAUUAUUUGUAUUAAAAAAUCACUUUUUUUUGAUUCUUACUUCAUGUCUAAUGGUCUAUUCAGAAUAUUUAUUAGUUAAAUGAAAUUCGUGCAAACCAAUUAAGCCAUUAAAUCAGUGGCAGACAUUGCGUUAUCAGCUUGGAUGUAUUUCAGCAUCAUUAUAUUACUGGUGCUAAUAAACAGAAACCUGAGAGACUGUUUUCCCUUCAUUUUAAUGGGCAUGCAGAAAGAAGUGGUUAUCAAUCUGAAAAUUUAAUGAUAGCAAAAUAUUGAGUUAAAAUAAGUGUUCUCUUAGGUUACAGAUGAAUGAAAUGUAUUUUUAAUUAUGCAAAAUAUGGCACUUAAUUGCUAUAUACCAUUACAAAUUGCCAACCACAUGAACUGUAAUUGCAAAGAACGAGAUUAGCUUUAGAAAAUACAUUAAUGAAGUGAUUUGAACAUCACAGUUUGACUCAUGUUAUUGAUCUUCAAUUUACUGACUGUAUCACGCAUUUUUAUACAUUUAUCUAGAGUAUUGUGCACAUUUCAGAAGUCUAAUUAGUUUAUGAUUGAUAUGGACAAGAAAAUGAUUACUUUCAGUAAUUUUGCUGUCAAAUGUUUCAUCCUUACAAGGUUGACA